AUGGUUCCCAGCGCCAACAGCACAGCCCCGGGCUCCACGCCUGAUCUGGGCAGUCCCCAAUUCGCCAGCCAUGCUUGGCUCGAACCCAUCAUCGUCUUGAGCAUCAUGAUCACCUCGCUGGUUGCAAACCGACGGCGGGGGUAUCGCAUCAUAGAGAACCGCAGAGGUCGCUCACCAACUCGAUCUCUCCUUGCCAGCAACAGUCCAUCACGAUCACCAGGAUCAUCAUCAUCACCAGACUCGGAGCACCUCCUCGCCGAAGACCCUAUGGCAGACGACUACUCCUCAGGUCCCAAGACCCGAUCAUGUUGCGGCCUCACCACCGUCCAGACGCCCGAUAACUCGCGCUUUGCCAACAACAUCCACUCCCGUGUCCUUGCCAAAUUUCCCUUUCUCAUCGAAAUGUUCUACUGGAUCCUCAAUUUCUUGGCUUAUGCGCUCACCAAGGCUGUCGCAGCACAGUUGCUUGUACGGGGUGGCAGUGUGUGGGAUCUCGCUCAGAGUCACGGCUUGCAAGUGUUGUGGGUCGAGCAUGAUUCCUUUCUCUCCUUCCUGUUCCCCGUGCGUGAGAACGAGUUCCAGGGUUGGUUCCUCAGCGGACAUACCACUCUGCUCACCUUCCUCAACCGCAUUUACAGUCUGGUGCACAUCCCAGGAAGCGUCAGCUUCCUCUCCUGGUACUACUUCGCCGCCCCAAAUUUUUCCUACUUCUCCGCUGCACGGCGCACCAUGACCCUUGGCAACUUCGCCGCCUUCUUCAUCUUCACGCUCUGGCCAUGCAUGCCCCCACGUCUGCUGCCGCCUUCCUACGGCUUCCACGACACAGUCCGACAGGAUAAUGCCGAGUCCGCCUUCGUUGGCGCCGCAUACGUCAAUCAAUUGGCCGCCAUGCCCUCGCUCCACUUCACGUACGCGUUCGUCACUGGCUGCACCCUCAUCUACCACUCGUCGGUGCUCCCCUACCCCUUCAGCUACCCCAAAUCCGUUUCGGGCAAGUUGCGGCGCUGGCCUGGCACGCGGAUCCUGUUCUUCCUCAUCGGCCUGGCGUACCCGCUUCUGGUACUGACCGUGAUUGUUGCGACGGCCAACCACUACUUUUUGGAUGCCUGUGUGGCCAUGUGUACGGUCACGAUCAGCUUGUGUAUCAACCGUGUGUGGUAUGUGCUCCUACCGGCAGAAGACUGGUUUGCGUGGUGCAUCCGAGUCGAGAAACCGCGGCCGACCACGGGCGAUCGUUGGUGUCUCGGUGCAGACGAGGGCGAGAGGCGGCGGCGGAAAGAGCUGGAACAGGCGUGA